AACAAGUUAGUCUCAAUACAUCUGUCAUGAGGAGGCUUGUUCAAAAUCUGACCAAGCUAAGAGAACUCCGUCUUGAUGGUGUUCAGAUGUCACUUGUUUUGCUUGAUUCUUUGAUGAAUCUGUCCUCUUCUUUGACAGUCCUUAGUCUCAAUGGUUGUGGAUUGCAUGGCAACUUACCGUAUAACAUUUUCCGCCUACCAAACCUAAGGGAGCUCAGUUUAAUUUGUAAUCCUGAACUCAGAGGGGCUUUCCCAACGACAAAUUGGAGCAAUCCCUUGAUGUUUUUGGAUGUCUCUACCACAGGUUUCUCAGGACCAUUGCCAAAUUCCAUUGACAAUCUAAAAUUCUUAAAGCAUUUGGGAUUAUCUCAGUGCAAUUUCAAUGGCUUGAUACCUGCGUCAUUUGGUAACCUUACGCAAAUUACUGAAUUAGAUUUAUCAGGUAACAAUUUUGUUGGUGAGUUGCCAUCAUCACUUUCAAACCUCAAGAACCUGUCUUUCUUGAAUCUCCGAUGCAACAAGUUAAGUGGAUCAAUACCCGAGUCCUUUGGAAACCUCACGAAAGUUACUUAUUGUUACCUUUCAUCUAACAGCGUCAUUGGCCACAUUCCAUCAUCACUCUCAAAUCUAAAGGAUCUCACUUUUCUGGACCUCGGAGGCAACAAUUUUGAAGGUACACUUCCAGAUUUUUUGACCAAGCUCACAAAACUCACAAAUUUAGACUUAAAUUCUAACCACCUUAUUGGUCAAAUUGGUGAAUUCCAAAACGCCAAGUCAUUGGAGAUUCUUUUGUUAUAUAAUAACAGGCUAAAUGGCUCUGUUCCAAAGUCAAUCUCAAAUCUGGUGAAACUUCAGAAGCUUGAUAUUUCUUCAAAUAAUCUGAGUGGCACUAUAGAAUUUGAUAUGUUCUCAAAGCUCAAUGAAAUCGAUUUUCUAGACCUAUCCUAUAACAGUCUGUCUUUGAGCAUCAACAACAAUUUAAAGUAUACCUUCCCCAAACUUAAAUACUUGAAACUAGCAUCUUGCAACAUAAAUAAAUUUCCAUACUUAAGAACCUUGUUCUUAGACACCUUAGACCUAUCUAACAAUAGGAUCAAAGGCCAAGUCCCAAAAUGGAUGUUUAAAGAGCUAGGGAAUUUGAAAUCAUUAAAUCUUUCUCAUAACUCUCUGACAAGUAUAGAGCAAAUUCCAGGAGAGAAUUUAGAAAAUCUUGAUCUUCAUGCCAACUUUCUUCAAGGAACUUUUCCUGUUCCACCAUCUUCCGUGGUUUUCUUUUCUAUCUCAAACAAUAAAUUGACCGGGGAAAUACCUUCUUCAAUUUGCAAUCUAACCCUCCAAAUCCUUGAUAUCUCCUUUAACAAUCUAACUGGUACGAUUCCACGAUGUUUGGGAUACUUGAGUGAUUUUCUCUCGGUGAUGGAUUUGCGAACAAAUAGAUUCCAUGGAACCAUCCCUGAAAUGUUUGCAAAGUGCAAAAGCUUGAGAACUCUUGUCUUUAAUCACAAUCAAUUGGAAGGGUCAUUACCACAAUCUUUGGUCAAUUGUAAAAAGUUGGAAGUUCUAGACUUUGGAAAUAACAAAAUAACUGAUUCAUUCCCCUAUUGGUUAGAAGCGCUUCCAAAGCUACAAGUUCUUGUCUUGAGGUGCAAUAGAUUUUAUGGAUUGAAAGCUAUAAAAACAGUAAAUGAAAAUGAAGUUUCAUUGAAAUAUAUUGGGGAAGACUAUUACCAAGACUCAGUAAUGGUGGUAUGGAAAGGGCAUGAACGUAAGCUAGAGAGAAUCUUAACCAUCUUCACUACCAUUGACCUCUCAUGCAACAAGUUCCAUGGGAAAAUUCCAAAAGUACUUGGAAAACUUCAGUUUCUUCGAGAGCUCAACCUCUCCCACAAUAGCCUAACUGGCUAUAUCCCAUCAUCGUUGGGAAAUUUGUUGCUACUUGAAUCCUUAGACCUCUCUUCAAAUAUGCUCAAUGGCUCCAUUCCAAUGCAAUUAACAAGUUUAACAUUUUUAGCUGUUUUAAACCUUUCACAAAACAAACUUAUAGGACCCAUACCUCAAGGCCUACAAUUUAAUACAUUUCAAAACAACUCAUACAUUGGGAACAAAGGAUUGUGUGGAUUUCCAUUGUCGAAGAAAUGUAGGAUUGUUGAGCCACCAUCAUCUGAAGAGGACAACGAUUUAAAGUUUACAAGUGGAUUUGGUUGGAAGGCGGUGAUGAUGGGGUAUGGAUGUGGAUUCGUGUACGGGAUAGCUAUGGGAUAUCUUGUUUCCAAGUCUAGAAAACCUCAAUGGCUUGUAAGCUUGGUUGGGAUAUCUUGUUUCCAAGUCUAGAAAACCUCAAUGGCUUGAA